AUGAUGGGACAAGAUUGCGACUUGUUGGAUUGGAAGGAUUUUUCUAUUACAAAAUUCAAGAAAACCAGUGGUAUACAAGAAGUAAAGCGAGUUCAUUUGCAAAGGGUUCGUGAAAAGUGUUUGACAAAAUUAGAAGUCUUCUACAGAACAGACAACGAUACAAAGUAUCAGAACUACUUGAAACGAGGUGCGAAAUUAGAAAAUUACCAACCUAAGCAAAUUGAACUGCGCAAUAGCAUUAAAAAAAUUAAGCUUGAAAACGUUGAAACCCUAUUAAAAACGUAUCAAGAAGACUGGGAAGAUAAUGAAACCUUCGCUUGGUACAAGAACCUACUAAAUGAAAGAAGAUAUCCAACAGGAGACGAGGAAGAAACAUGCCCGGAAUCCGACGAUGUAGAUCCAGAGUUGUGUGAUUGUGCUGAGGAAGACAUUGGCUUGAAAAUAUAA